AUUUUGCCUGUGGCAAUGGGUGGAUGUUUGUUCCUUUGUGCAGCCUUAUUGCAGUUUUCAGGGUCCUUGCAAGUACUUGUUUCAGCUGGAAGCAGUCCUGUGAAGUGUGGCCUGGGUUUUCAACAGUGCAAGGAUGGCUCCGAGUGUAUCCUCUAUAGCCAUGUGUGUGAUGGAGAGCGUGACUGCCAGGACGGUUCAGAUGAAGAGGACUGUGACUCAGUGUGCAAUAAAGGUCAGUUCCAGUGUGCCCAUGGAAAGAUGUGUAUAGACAAAGAGCAGGUGUGUGAUGAUAUACCUCAGUGUCAGGACCGCUCUGAUGAACUGCAGUGUACGAAACAAACCGAGGGCUGUGUCCACCAGUGUGACAACAAGAGUCGCUGCCUGCCUGCGAAGCUCCUCUGUGAUGAAGAGUGGGACUGUCUGGAUGGCACCGACGAGGCCAACUGUGAGGACCAAGAGGAAGAUGGACAUGAAACGGAAGACAGGACCAGUGUCACCUCUGCACCUGUUGGCUCAUCGACACCCAUCAAGUGUCCUUUGGGCUUUAAGGCCUGCAAGGACGACUCAGAGUGUGUCCUCUACAAACACGUCUGUGAUGGAGAAGCAGACUGCAGGGAUGGAUCAGAUGAGAAGGAGUGCUCAUUAGAAUGUGAAACAGACCAGUUCCAGUGUGCCCAUGGAAAGAAGUGCAUAGAGCAGAGCCAGGUGUGUGACGGGAUGCAUCAGUGUCAGGACCGCUCUGAUGAACUGGGAUGUGCAAAGCAGAUUGAGGGCUGCGCUCAUCAGUGUGAUGACAACAGCCGCUGCAUUCCUAACAGCUUCGUCUGUGAUGGGGAGAGGGACUGCUGGGAUGGCACUGACGAGGCAAACUGUGCGGAUGAAGAAUGCAGUGCCACUGAUUUUAGCUGCACCAGUGGUCAGUGUGUGUCGGCCAAGAUGCGUUGUGACGGUCACCCAGACUGCAGGGAUCGCUCAGAUGAGGAGGGCUGCACAAUCGCAGUGGCCUGCACCACCAAGCACCGCUGCCCCCAGAGUAAGGAGUGUCUGGUGCAGGAGUGGAUCUGUGAUGGAGAUCAAGACUGCAAAGAUGGCACAGAUGAGAAGGAUUGUCCCGUUGCUCCAGUGACCUGUGGCGAGUUCCAGUGGUCGUGUAAAUCCAAGACAAAGUGUAUCCCCACCGGCUGGCGGUGUGAUGGCAUGAAGGACUGUGGUGACGGCAGUGAUGAGACUGAAUGUGGUAUGAUGCCAUGCCUCCCGCACCAGUUCCAAUGUGGCAGCCAGGAGUGUCUGGAGCCAGUCCUGGUGUGCAAUGGCAUUACCAACUGUGCAGACGGCUCGGAUGAGGGAGGCAGCUGCCAGAUGAAAUGUGCAGAUGUAGACAGCCGCUGCGCUCAGGACUGCUACAGCACACCACAGGGAACGCGUUGUCGCUGCAUGGCAGGGUUCAGGCUCAUGGAGGACGGGCUGACCUGUGCUGACAUUGAUGAGUGUGAGCGCUCAGGUGUGUGCAGUCAGGUGUGCAUCAACACUCCAGGCUCAUUCCAGUGUGACUGUCAGCCAGGCUACAUAAAGGAGGCAGGUGGACACCACUGCAAAAUCACCGGUGAACCCUUCCUGAUGUCAUCGGUCCAAACAGACCUCUUCUUGCUUGGCCUGCGCAGUGGCAGCCUCGAUGUGCUGUCCUCCUCUGCCAAGAAGGCCAUUCUGUCCCUGGACUACGACUGGAGGGAGCAGAGGGUCUUCUGGGUCAGCCUGGACACUGAGAGCAUCAGGUGGUCCUCGCUGGACCAGAAGACCACAGGAACACUGAUUAAAGGUGUCCGGGCUGAUUCUGUAGCCGUGGAUUGGCUCGGGAGGAACCUGUACUGGAUUGAUGGUGUGAACAGUCAGAUUGUUGCCGUCAGACUGGUGACAACCACUAUGAAGUCCCUGGACCACAGCGUCAUCCUGGAUGAAGACCUGGAUCAACCUCGCUCUCUGGCACUGCUGCCACAGAAAGGGCUGAUGUUCUGGACAGAGAUUGGUAACGUAGUGAAGAUCGAGCGUGCUGGGAUGGACGGGUCGGAGAGGAAGGCUGUGGUGAACUCCAGUUUGGGCUGGCCGGGUGGUGUGGCUGUGGACGCCAUCUCUGACAGAGUCUACUGGACAGAUGAGAGGCUGAAAUCCAUUGGCUCUGCAACACUGGAUGGAGAGGACAUUCGGAUUCUGCAGAUGAAGGAGACCACCAACCCGUUCUCCCUGGCAGUGUUCAAUGACAUGCUCUACUGGUCUGAUGCUAAGAAGCGAGUGGUGCUGGCUGCUCAUAAAUUCUCUGGCAAAAACCAUCAAAUUCUCCUUAAAAGGCCGAGGCAACCUUUUGGUGUGAAGAUAAUCCAUCCAUUGCUCCAGAUGGCCAUUGACAGCCCCUGUGAGAAGAUGAAGUGUUCCCACAUGUGUGUGUUGGCCCCGGGACCAAAGGCCGUGUGCAAGUGUCCGUCUGGCCUUUUAUUGGCUGAGGACGGCCUGACCUGCUCCAGCUUGGUCAAUUCAGCAUUCCUGCUGAUGCUGUCUCCCUCCACAGUCACACAGAUCUACUUGCAGUCCCGACACACAGCAGCAGAGCUGAAGGGCUGGCCUGAACACCUGGCCCUGCAGGUGCCCAGCAUCAAUGAGGCGGCCAACAUGGACUACAGCCUACGUGACCACACCCUGUAUUUGACGGAUGACGGCACGACUUCACUCAGCUCCUUCAGGCUCAGGGACUCAGAUUUGUUCCCUCAGGGCCACCUUCUAAAACUCUUGGGUGACACCAUCACCGCCAUGGCCCUGGACUGGGUGACUCUUAACAUCUACUGGAGCAGCAACAAGCAGCUCCGCCUGCAGGUCACCUCCAUCACAGCCGCACACACAGCUGUUCUUAUAAAGGAAGGCAUCGGUAGGGUGGAGUCCAUCGCCCUCCAUCCUUCCAGUGGAAGAGUUUGCUUCACCAACCUGGGCCCGCAGGGGCUGGGUACCAUGGCUACUGUGGAAUGUGCUCACAUGGACGGUGCUGGGCGGAGAGUGGUGUGGAAAGAUGCUGUCCAGCCUGCAUCUGUGACCUUCUCCAGUAAUGGGGAUACAAUUUACUGGGCUGACACUGGUUUGGGGACCAUUGGCUCUGUACAGCUUGAUGGAUCUGGUUACAGAGAGUUGAAGGCUGGUGAUGGCCUGGCUGCCGUGGCUCUGAGUGAUGACACACUGCUCUGGAUGACCGUCAGUGGUAAUGGCUUAUUGUACAAGACCAGGCUCUGGUUCAAAGAUGAGGACCAGCAGAACAAGUUGUGGUUUGAGGUCGGCACACAGGUGGUCAGCUUAAAGGUGUUCAGCAAGUCCAGUCAAACCGGUUCAAACCAAUGCUCAGAAUACAAUGGCGGCUGCCAGCACUUGUGCCUCGCCACACCGGGAGGUCGGAUGUGCAAGUGUGCCUAUGACUACAUCAAUGUGAAUGCCACGCACUGCAGCCCAGAGCAGCGCUGCCCAGGUGGAAACAGACCCUGUCUGGAUCAACUCUCAUGCCAACCUGCUGAGAAGUUCUGUAAUGGGCAUGUUGACUGCUUAGACCACUCGGAUGAGAACUGUGUUAGUCUGAAGCAGUGGUCUGGAGCCAAGGUCCUUGCUCCCACCCAGCCCCGCAGCUCCUCUCCUCCACCCUCCCUUUUAUCUCCAGUCACUGGCCCGAACACCACCCUGAACAUAAACAGUCUCCUCAUGAACCUGGAUGCCCAAGAGUGCAGCCAAAGACGCUGCAGUGGCAAUGGACACUGUGUGGAGACCAGUGGACAGAUUGCAUGUGUGUGUUCACUGGGCUACAUUGGUGAUUCCUGUCAGGACCAUAUCCUAAAGACCAUGCAGGGUCCCAUUGUGUACGGUGCAGCAGGGCUCUGUGCAGGAGUGGUGGUUAUUGCUGUGAUGGCAGUGAUGGUGAAGAGGAGGAAGAGUGCCAACACGAGAAGAUCUAGCCCAGCAUCAGCGAAGGAAACAAGUAUGACUGACCUGGAGAACAAAGCUGAGACCACCCCAAGUACACAAACUUCUCCAGCAGACGCAGACAAACCAGAGGAAGCGGUGUCUUCUGAGGCCUGAGGCUGAUUCAUGGGCCAGCAACGUUUUUAAAUAAACAGUUUGCAUUUUCA